AUGGCCCACCGCCUCUCGCGCACCUGGCAGUCCAUCUCGUCCCUCGUGCCCUUCCUUGCUCCGUCGCCCUCGCCCUCCCACUCCCAAGCACACUACGCCGCCAUCCCCCUCACGACGACCACCUCGUCGAAGUCGAAUGACGGCUUGCACGGAGUGGACGACGACGAGAAGCUGCUUGGACUCGGCGCAGGCGUACAGGUCCCGAGGAGGCACUGGCUCGUCCUCGCGUGGACCUACCUCUCGCCCUUCCUCGUCCUCCUCCUCGCGGCGUCCAUCUACGUCGACCGGAAACGGACCGCUCUCGCGCGCAUGACGGUCGUCAACCCGUAUGCGUGUGGGCCCAAGAGCAACUUUACCACGCUCGAGGCCGUGUGUCGAGCGGGAACGGGGCCAGAGAGGCAGAAGGCUGAGAACUACGAGCUCGCCCUCGACCGACACCUGACGCAGCAGCAAUGCGACGCCAUCUACCCAGGUCUUUACCUAGAGAUUGAGCGAGCACGGGACUACUGGAAGGCGCGAGGAGGAGUGACGGAGAAAGACCUGGACGAGGCGGAGCAAAAAGGCCAGGCUCGGGUGCAGAUUAUCAACAACCGGAUGUACGUCAAGAGCUACUCGAAUGAACAGCCGGGGACGAGGACCAAGGCGACUUUGGCGCUCAUCAACGAAGCCCUCAUCACCUCUCCCGAACCCGUACCCGACAUCGAGUUCGUCAUCCAGACGGGCGACAACGGUAUACCGCAGGGGGCGCCGUGGUCGUUGGGGAGGAAGGAGAAGGAGGAACAGUUGACCUUGAUGCCCGACUACAGUUUCUUCUCCUGGCCUGAACCGCAAGUCAACUCGUGGCAAGAAGUUGCCGACCACUGCCGCGACUACGAGUCGCACCUCCGGUGGGAAGACAAGGUCGACCAGUUGCUUUGGAGGGGCGCGUUCUUGGUGGAUAUCAGGAAGGAGUUGUGGGAGAUUGCGAGAAAGUAUCCGUGGGGCGCCGUCUCCGACCUCGACUGGGGCGACCGCGACUCGGUCAACAAGCUCCUCCUCACGCCCGAGCAGCACUGCCAGUGGAAGUUCCUCGCGCACGUCGAGGGCUACGCCUACUCGGGCAGGUUGAAGUAUUUGACGCAGUGUCGGAGCGUGAUUGUGGCCCACAAGAUGCGCUACGUCCAGCACUUCCACCACCUCUUCAACUCGGACCCUACCUCCCCCUCGCAAAACAUCGUCAUCUCCCCCGGCCGCAAUUUCGACAACAUCGCGAGCGUGAUGUCGGACCUCCUUUCGGACGAUGCCAAGGCGAAGAAGAUUGCCGACACGAGCUACGAGUUCUGGCAGCAUUGGUUGAGUGUGGGUUCGGUGGCGUGUUAUUGGCGCAGGCUGUUUAGGGAGUGGAAGGAGGUCAUGGCGUUCGAGCCCGUAUUGAAGAGGGAUGUGGCAUCGUACAACUCAUUCAUCUUGAUGGGACAGGUCCACUGGGACGCUCACUAG